CUACGAUUCAGCAUUCCCAAGAUGAUUGUACGGAAGUUCUGUAUGCGGCAGAGCCGCCAGCUCCUGGCUGUGAGCCGACGAGCCCCGAUCUCAACUCGCUUCCAAUCGACAUUCCCAACCACACUAGGCGAGCCAGUCGUGCCAGCUCCUCCCCAGGAGUCGGAGCCCACUUCACGGGCAGAGAACCCCCUGACUGAGAUGAUGAGUGCGCAAUCACAGGCAAAGACACCCGCACAGCAAGAAGAAUCACAAAGAGCUAAAUUCCACAAACUUGGCACCUCCGUGAAAACCUCCUACGACCCCGAAAAUAUCCUCCGCAACCCUCCCAAGCCCUCCCAGGUAACCCUCGAAAUGCUCCUCGCAGCAGGAACCCACCUGGGCCACUCGACCUCGCGCUGGAACCCGCAGAACUCGCGCUACAUCUACGGUAUCCGUGAAGGAGUGCACAUCAUCUCACUGGACGUCACAGCAGCAUACCUCCGCCGCGCGGCGAAGGUAGUAGAAGAAGUCGCGGCGCGCGGCGGCCUGAUCCUCUUCGCCGGCACACGCAAGGGCCAAAAGCGGGCGGUUGUCAAAGCCGCCGAGCUGGCGAAGGGCUACCACAUUUUUGAGCGGUGGAUUCCCGGCAGCUUGACGAAUGGCGAGCAGAUCCUGGGUCACUGCGAGACUCGGGUUGUUAAUGCGCUUGAUGAGGAGUUGUUGGAGUUUAAGGCUGAUCUUGCGGACCGGCCUUCUCUUAAGCCUGAUCUUGUUGUUUGCUUGAAUCCGCUUGAGAACGUUGUCUUGCUGCAUGAGUGUGGCUUGAACAAUGUUCCUACUAUUGGUAUUGUUGAUACCGAUGCUGAUCCUACCCGCGUGACCUACCCGAUUCCUUCCAACGAUGAUAGUCUGCGCGCUACUUCUUUGAUUGCUGGUAUUCUUGGUCGAGCUGGUGAGGCUGGUCAGGUUCGGCGGUUGAAGAUGGCUAGGGAGGGUAAGACUACUUACAAUCCUGUUUCGGCUACCGAGUUGCGUCUUGAUCCGUUUACUGGUUUGCCGCCUGGUGGUGAGGCUCAGAAGAAGUAGGGCCUUGAUGGUAUUGGCUUGCAUUUUCAUUUUGCCUCUUU